AUGGUGGAGCAUGAUAGCGAAAGCUAUGAAAAUUUCAUCAAAGUGAAUAGUGGCUGUCAGAUGAGCCAAAAUCGCAAGAGAGCCCACUGUAGCAGUCUGUUCACCACUGAGCUCACUCAAGGCAUCUAUCAGUAUUCGUGUCACAAUAAGACUGUAGAUUACUUGACGAUGGGCAAGUCACUGGAUUAUGAAAACUUGAAUGAAAACGUGAAGAAAUGUCAGUAUGCCGUCCGAGGUGAGCUGUAUCUUCGGGCUUCUGAGCUUCAGAAAGAGGGGAAGAAGAUCAUCUUUACCAAUGUUGGCAAUCCUCAUGCUCUUGGACAGAAGCCUCUGACAUUUCCUCGCCAGGUGAUUGCUCUCUGUCAAGCUCCAUUCCUUCUGGAUGAUCCAAAUGUAGGACUCAUUUUUCCUGCUGAUGCGAUUGAAAGAGCUAAACACUAUCUUUCACUUACUUCGGGGGGUCUAGGUGCUUACAGUGAUUCACGUGGCCUCCCGGGAAUAAGGAAAGAAGUGGCAGAGUUUAUCGAGAGACGGGAUGGAUAUCCAAGUGAUCCCGAACUUAUAUUCCUAACAGAUGGUGCUAGCAAAGGAGUCAUGCAGAUCCUGCAAGCCAUCAUUCGUGGUGAAGGUGAUGGGAUAUUGGUUCCCGUUCCACAAUAUCCACUCUACUCUGCAACAAUUGCUUUAUUGGGUGGUUCACUUGUUCCAUAUUACCUUGAGGAGACUGCAAAUUGGGGUCUUGAUAUCGUUAACCUUCGCCAAUCAGUUGCUCAGGCUCGUUCUCAAGGGAUAACUGUUCGAGCCAUGGUGAUUAUAAAUCCUGGAAAUCCUACCGGGCAGUGUCUUAGUGAAGCAAAUCUGAGGGAGGUUAUAAAUUUCUGUUACCAGAACAAGUUGGUAUUGCUUGGGGAUGAAGUCUAUCAGCAGAAUAUUUACCAAGAUGAGCGCCCCUUUGUUAGCUCUAGGAAGGUUCUUAUGGACAUGGGCCCACCCAUGAGCAACGAGCUGGAGCUAGUUUCUUUCCACACGAUCUCGAAAGGUUUUUGGGGGGAAUGUGGGCAGCGCGGUGGCUACUUUGAAAUGACCAAUAUUUCUCCCAAGGCGGUGGAGGAGAUUUACAAAGUUGCUUCAAUAGCACUGAGUCCAAAUGUCCCUGCACAAAUACUUAUGGGAAUCAUGGUCAACCCUCCUAAACCUGGAGAUAUAUCUUAUGAAAGAUAUGUUAGAGAGAGCAAAGGCAUCCUCGAGUCUUUGAGAAGGAGAGCGCAAUUAAUGACAGAUGGAUUCAACAGCUGCAGAAAUGUGGUUUGCAACUUUACUGAAGGUGCCAUGUAUUCGUUUCCCCAAAUACGGUUGCCACCGAGAGCCUUGGAGGCUGCGAAACAGGCUGGAAAAGUUCCUGAUGUUUUCUACUGUCUCAAGCUUCUAGAAGCCACCGGAAUUUCAACUGUCCCAGGUUCCGGAUUUGGUCAGAAGGAAGGGGUUUUCCACCUGAGAACCACAAUUUUACCAACGGAGGAAGACAUGCCUGCAAUUAUGGAAUGUUUCAAGAAGUUCAACGAUGAGUUCAUGGAGCAAUAUGAAGAGCAGAGGGGCUAUUCGAGGAUGCGAUUUCCGGCGAAAAAAUGUAUUCGAGCGAAGUAUGUUUUUCGGCCGUCCAGCCGGAAAUUGCAAUUGGACAUGGUGCUGUCUGACCGGCGUUUGAGCACACGCAUGGUGCUGUCCGACCGGCCUGUUUGGACAAGCCCAUACGCGCCCGUCCUUAGUGGCCGGACGCGACCAUGCGCGUCCUAA